AAGAUAACAAUCUUUCAAAAAAAAUAAAAAAGGUCAAGAGCACAAGGAUGACGAGAAAGGGAACACCACCUAUAUACUGAAACUACUCAGACACGCGACACCAUUAGGUCGUCGAGUUAUCAACAAAACAUCCAAAUUAGGGCCACAGUCAUCAAACAUUCGACCAGAGAUUGUUACGGAAACGGAUUACACAUCCCGAUCGAACACCCCCAGAAAUUAGGGCUAAAAUCUGAUAGUUAUCAGAUAAAUUGAUAGAUUACGGAUUAUAUAGGGAGACAGAUAGAAUUCUAUAUACAUACAUAUAUAUAGAGAGAGACUGAGAGAGAGAGAGAGAUGGUGGGUCACGUCCCGAUAGAGGUGGCGAAGACGGUAUUGGAGGUGGCCGACGUCGCCUGGACCGCCUUGGAAUCCUGUCACCACCACCAUCACGACCACGACGCUGCUGCUUCUGAAGAGCGCAACCCUAACGCGUCCGAGGAGAAAGAGCUGGAGUCCCUGAGAUCCGAGAAUCGCCGUCUCAGGGACUUGCUCCAACAGAACCUCAACCUCCUUCAGAAUCUCUCCGAAUCUCCUUGUUUGCUUGAAGAUUGCCCUUCCGAUCUUUAUGAUCGACUCGUAACCACGGUGGAUUCAGAAAAGUUCUUGACUCAGCUUAAAUCCCUCCAAGGUGAAUCUGUUGAUGGAACUGGCUACAAAUUCCCUUUCAAGGAGGCAUCAGGAGCAGAUUUGCAGUCAGCUGAAAUACUAAUCAGUCUUGAACAUGAAAAACCUAGUUGGUGGGUUUGGGUCAACAAUGAGAUGAUUCCAAAUGAUGUUGAAGAACAGAGUGGAAUCGAUGAUGAAAAUUACUUAGUUGUUAGCGAGGAACAUGUGGUGGAUGGUGUUGCUAACUUUAUGGCUAGAUGCAUUCUCUCAAAUCCGAAAGCUCUGACUUUGACACCAGAGGAGUUGCAGAAGAUUCUGCAUAAAGCAUUGGGUGGCAUGAACAAGGUGGAAAAGAUGUUGCAUGUUUGGCAUGCUGGGAAGUUGUUCUAUACCCUAUCCACCUGGGGACUCGCUCUGGCAGGAUUGUACAGGACACGUGCCAUUUUGAAGAUUGCUGCUAUGGGGGUACAUACAACCAGCAAAGUUGUCCUGAAGGCUCUCUAAAGAUGGUAUCAUAACGAGAUGAUUAAGGCUGAACCUUGUAAAUAAUCACGACUUCCCUUGUUCCCGUUUGUGCAGACAAAUGGAACUGUAUCAUUUACAAGUUUGCAUUAAUUUGUAAAUUAUUGUAAGGAGCUAUGCUAUUCCAAACCACAUUUGGGAUACCAUCUCAUUUGGCAUCAACAUAUUGGUGUGGAGUCCACAAUUCAAAACUCUACCAAAGCAUCAGAUGGUACCAAAAUAUGGUACUUAAAAUGUGGUCACCCAAGAUACUGAAUUGUACAUUACCUGCCUCUGUUUAUGUUCGCGCAAUUUGUUUGUGUUGUAUAGUAUCUGUCAUUCAUUUAAAAUGCAUUAUCCAGUCUCCCGAGAAAGGAAAAUGUUUCAAUUUA